AUGGCGGCGCAGAGGAGGAGCCUGCUGCAGAGUGAGCAGCAGCCAAGUUGGACCGAUGAUCUGCCUCUCUGCCAGCUGUCUGGAGUCGGCUCUACGCCAAACCGAACCUACUCUGCUGAUGGCAAGGGCACCGAGAGCCACCCGCUGGAGGAUAACUGGCUCAAGUUUAGGAGCGAGAAUAACUGCUUCCUCUACGGAGUCUUCAAUGGCUAUGAUGGCAACCGGGUGGCCAGCUUUGUGGGCCAGAGGCUGUCCGCAGAGCUGCUGCUGGGCCAGCUGAACGCUGACCACAGCGAGGCCGACGUGAGGCGCGUGCUGCUCCAGGCUUUUGAUGUUGUGGAAAGGAGCUUUCUGGAGUCCAUCGACGAUGGCUUGGCAGAGAAGGCGAGCCUCCAGUCGCAGCUGCCGGAGGGGGUCCCUCACCACCAGCUGCCUCCUCAGUACCAGAAGAUCUUGGAAAGGCUGAAGGUGCUGGAGAGAGAGAUCUCCGGCGGCGCCAUGGCCGUGGUGGCCCUCAUUCUCAGCAACAAGCUCUACAUCGCCAAUGUGGGUACAAACCGUGCACUCCUCUGCAAGGCCACGGGAGACGGGCUGCAGGUGACCCAGCUGAGCUCUGACCACACUCCCGAGAAUGAGGACGAGCUCUUCCGCCUGUCCCAGCUGGGUUUGGAUGCGGGGAAAAUCAAGCAGGUGGGGACCAUUGGUGGCCAGGAGAGUACCCGCCGGAUCGGGGAUUACAAAGUCAAAUAUGGCUACAGUGACAUUGAAUUGCUCAGCACUGCCAAGGCGAAGCCCAUUAUUGCUGAGCCAGAGAUCCACGGAGGGCAGCCCCUGGAGGGCGUGACGGGCUUCCUGGUGCUGAUGUCAGAGGGGCUCUACAAGGCCCUGGAGGCAGCCCAUGGGCCGGGGCAGGCCAAUCAGGAGAUCGCGGCGAUGAUUGACACAGAGUUUGCCAAGCAGACCUCCCUGGAUGCCGUGGCCCAGGCCGUGGUGGACCGCGUGAAGCGCAUCCAUGGAGACACCUUCGCCAGCGGCGGGGAACGGUCGGCGUUCUGCCCGCGGCACGAGGACAUGACGCUGCUGGUGAGGAACUUUGGGUACUCCCUGGGCGAGAUGAGCCAGCCCACCCUGACCCCGGCCCAAGGAGGACGCGUGUACCCUGUCUCGGUGCCAUACUCCAGCGCCCAGAGUACCAGCAAGACCAGCGUGACGCUCUCCCUAGUUAUGCCCUCCCAGGGCCAGAUGGUCAACGGCGCCCACAGCGCUUCCACACUGGAUGAGGUCACGCCCACCCUCACCAACCAGAGCCCGACCAUGACCCUGCAGUCCACCAACACCCACACCCAGAGCAGCAGCUCCAGCUCCGAUGGGGGGCUUUUCCGCACCCGCUCCUCCCACUCCCUGCAGCCCGACGAGGACGGGCGCGUGGAGCCUUAUGUAGACUUUGCAGAGUUUUACCGUCUCUGGAACAUGGACCACGGGGAGCAGGGAGCCCUUCCGGUAUCCUAGCACUGCCUGUGGAUGGGCGGCUGAGGGGCCCGCUGCCCGGUGCCCCUCCCUGGCUCCCACCCCGGGGGGCCCUCCUCCCCAAGCCCUGCCCCUCCCUUGUGCAGCCGGGGCCUUGUCUCAGGGCUCACCGAAGGACUCUGUGGGCUCUCCUGGCCCUGAGGCCCCGAGCGGAGGCUGGGCAUGGGCAGCAGGAGCCGGCCCGGCCCCUUCCAAUAAAUGUAGCUUGUAUCACC